CCCCACCUGUGCCGGAUCCGCCGCCGGCUGGCCCCGGCUCCGAGCUGUGGUCUGGAGGAGAGGAUCGUUCCCCAGCACAGAUGCGUUGGUGGUUUGGUGAGGGAGCUUUGGAGAUUCGGGUCAAGGCAUAAGGCCUGGGGGCUUCUAAUGAUACCCUGGGCCGGGAUGGAAGUCUAAAUAAAUGCCUCACCGGAAAGAGCGGACGAGCGAGUCCUCAAAUCACAGUCACGGCCGGGCCGGCACUGUGGAGGAAGGAAAUAUGUCCCGAUUGUCACUCACCCGGUCCCCCGUGUCUCCUUUGGCUGCCCAAGGGAUCCCGUUACCAGCUCAGCUCACCAAGUCCAAUGCCCCUGUCCACAUCGACGUGGGUGGCCAUAUGUACACCAGCAGCCUGGCCACUCUCACCAAGUACCCUGACUCCAGAAUAAGCCGUCUCUUCAAUGGCACAGAACCCAUUGUCCUAGACAGUUUGAAGCAACAUUAUUUCAUUGAUCGGGAUGGGGAAAUUUUCCGCUACAUCCUGAGUUUCCUGCGGACGUCCAAAUUACUGCUACCCGAUGACUUUAAGGACUUCAACCUGCUGUAUGAGGAAGCUCGCUUUUACCAGCUGCAGCCCAUGGUGCGGGAGCUGGAGCGCUGGCAGCAGGAGCAGGAGCAGCGGCGCCGCAGCCGGGCGUGUGACUGUCUCGUGGUGCGCGUCACCCCAGACCUGGGGGAGCGCAUCGCGCUCAGUGGAGAGAAGGCCCUCAUCGAGGAAGUCUUUCCUGAGACAGGAGACGUCAUGUGUAAUUCCGUCAACGCCGGCUGGAACCAGGACCCCACGCACGUCAUCCGAUUCCCACUCAACGGCUACUGCAGGCUCAACUCAGUGCAGGUCCUGGAAAGGCUGUUCCAGAAGGGGUUCAGCGUGGCCGCAUCCUGUGGGGGUGGUGUGGAUUCCUCGCAGUUCAGCGAGUAUGUACUAUGCCGAGAGGAUCGACCCCCACACCCCAUCUCCACUGCUGUCAGGAUAAAGCAGGAGCCUCUGGACUAGGCCCUGUAUUGGUGCCCACCUGACACCCCCCCCAACCUUAGCCCUGGGGGAAUCAAUGACCCCCCCAACCCCCCCCAGGGACCUGGAAACAGUGCCGGGGAGUCACGCAGUCCGGCCUCUGCACCUUUAGCAGUGGGCAUGAGACUGAGGGUAGGGGCUGGAAUGUCGCCUGCCAGGCCUGGAGAGCAGCAGGUGUAGUCAUCACCGUCGUCGUCAUCGUGGUGACAACAGAAUGGGAUGCUGGCCCCGAGGCGCACUCACUGAAGGACUGAGCAUGUCACCCAGAGAAGCUGUAGCUGGAACUCUGGCUGGCAGCUCCCUGCCCUCCCAGCAUCCUCUGAGGCUGGAGGACCACCCAGGCAUCCACCCCUCCCCCCUCCAGCCCAUCCGGAGCAGCUAUUUAUCCCUCUUCACACACACACACACACACUGGUGGAUGGACUCUGGCAUUGGAGUUAGCUUAUUUUUCUACAAUAUUUAAAACUGAGGCGAAUGUCACUGCACAGGUCAGUGAGGUCGCCCACACGCCAACACUGCUUCACUUGGUGCUGGGUUCUCUCCCAUCAAACCUAUCGGCAAGGCCGAUAUGGUGGCUGAGCUGCUGGGCGCUGGAGCCCCUGUUCCUGCGGGGCUCGGGCUCUGGGGACUGAUGUGAAGAGGACAUGGCUGGGGAGAAUGAGGCAGGGCGGUUGAGGGAGGCGGGGAUGAGAGAUCUGCUGGAUCUCUCCCCAUCUGAGACUUGGACCUUUGCCAUCACCCAGGACUCAGGUGACAACACACACAAAGGGGGUCCCCUAACCUCCUCCUGUUCCAGGGGCUCCCAUACCAUCUGAGUUCACGCACAUCUCGGCCCUUGGCAAAGUCUUCCUCCACAUCUGAGCCGGCACAGGGCUAUACUUUUACCUCAGGAAUGGGAACACCCCUACACACACACACCCCAAUUAUGAAGGGGCCCAGGUGUCAGUAGCAGUCUCUGGGUCCCCAACUCAGGGAGCUACCUCCAGCUCCAAUUUGUUUUUCCAUACAACAAGCACCACUUGGAGUUCCCAUUAAACUUGAGCCUGCCGGCAAGAUCUCACAUCUAGGCUGUCCCAGUGCUCUUGUAACCCUGGGGGUGGGGGGUGGCGUUUCCAAUGAGUACUGACCCUGAGGGGCGGGAGAGGGCAGGAUGUCCCCACAGAUCUGCUGCUUCUCAGAUGGCAUGCCCAGCCAUGGGCACCCCACCUCCCUACUCCCAGCCUUGUCCCAUUUUUCUGUGCACUGCUCCUGAGUUAGAGGAACUGUCAAGAAUCAGUGGGUGGGGUACUACCCCCCCACCCCGCUGGCACCAAUCCGUGUAUAAUGCCUGUAGACUUGUAUAUGACACCCCCCCCUUUAAUAUUGUAAAGAUGAUGUAUAAUUGUGA